AUGAACGGCCCGCCUCCGCCGCCACCGCCGCCCCAUGGCGAAAACCCAAAAACAACCGCCGGUGGCCAGGGUUCCGGCCUGCCACCCGGCAACUACGACAUCUUCGUCAUCCCGCCGCAUAGUUCCGGCUCCGGCUUCCUCUACCUUCCUUCUCUCAAUUGUCAGCGGAAUUCCUUCCUCGCCGGCGUCGCCUGCACCCUGCUCGCCGUGCUAGUAUGGACAAUCAUCGAGCCCACGAUUAAGGCAUGGGUCGCCGGGCUGAUGACCAGCGGCGGAAGCGGAGUGCUGAUCCUCGUCCUCGCCGUGGGCGCGGGCGGCUGGGCCAUGGGAAAGAACCAAGGAGAGGGUGCAGCACCUGGCUCGGCCGCGCCGGGAGGAGGUGGUGCAGGGCCUGGAGCUGGAGCUGGCGCCGGCGCCGGCCACGCUCCCGGUGGUGGUGCACAUGCUGGCCCUCAGCCGAAUGGCUUCCCUGGCGGUGGCUUCAACAGUCCACCUCCUCCCAACCCUGGAGCCGGAUCCACGCCUCGAGGAUCGUGGGGAGGCAACACGCACAACGCUUCCGCUGACUGGGAGAAGGAAAGAGAAGAGGCAAGACAAAAGGAAGAAGCCCGCAAGCGCGAAGAGGAAGUACGACGCCAGGCAGAACAAGAAGCCAAGAAAAAAGAAGAAGCUGACAGGGCCGCGCGUGCACAGGCCGAGAAGCAGAAGUGGGAACAGAUGCGUGCUCGCGAGAAGGAGCAGCGCGAGAGGGAGGCUCGGGAGCGUCUGGCGCGGGAAAGACUGGCCAAAGAGAAGGCGGAAAGAGAAGCUCGCCAAGCUAAAGAGAAGGCCGAGAGGGAAGCUCGAGAGAAAGAAGCCCGUGAGAAAAUGGAGCGAGAGAUCCGCGAGGCCCUUGAGAGAGAAGCUAAAGCAAAAGCAGAAGCAGAGGCCGCAGCCGCGGCGGCAAAGGCAGAGGCAGAAGCAGCAGCAGCAAAGGAAAAGGCGACCAAGGAGCGCGAGGAGCGCCUCAAGGCUGCCCGUGAACGUGCUGAACGCGAGCGCAAGGCCCGCGAAGCCGAGCGGCUGGCCAAGGCUGCUGCGCAACCGUCCAGAUCUGCCAGCGAAUCUGGUAGGGCGCCGAGCACGUCACCCAAGAAACCCUACGAGCGACCGACCGCCCGCACGACCGACGGAGAUUCGCGUGCCUACUCAGGCUUCCGCCCGUACGACUCCCCAAAGGCACCCCGAACCACCGGUUCCGCGUCCAACUAUUCCGAAUCCGUUGUAAGCUCUUCCUACGCACCCUCGACGUCCACUGCCCGGACUACUCCCCCGCCCUCGGUUCGCGGUCCGUACAGCACGACCGAUCCGGAGAAGAUCGUGAUAAAGGGGGUUUACCUGUUCACAUCCGCCUUCCCGAAGCCUGUGGCCAAGUUGAUAUCAGGUGUCGGCGCUGUGACGGACGGUCUGAUCCUCCGUAUGACUACCGAGGGUCUGUUUAUUGACGACGACGUGCGACAUGUCGCUCAGCGUGAGUGGGAUGUUAAGGCUUGGACGAUGAAACUUGUUGAGACUGCUGAAGUUAAAGCAAGCGGAGUGUACAUUGUCAGGGCCAGCAUCAGGGAUCCAGAGGGCAAGAGAUACGUUUUCAUCAUCAGCAUGGAGGAGAGCUGGAAAGUUGCGACGGGCCUGCAGAGGCUGCGGAAAGGAAGUCAGGUGCGCGCCCUGACUGUACAGGGGAUUACGGCGGCGGAGUCGAACAAGAUUCUGUCGUUAGUGUGA